GCCUAGAUGGUGGCCCCUGGGGCAUCCUUUCGUGCCGAGUCGGGGCUGGAGUGCGCGUUUGUGGAAGGGGCCUCGAGGGAGGAUCAUGAGCCCCAUCCCUUCGCGCUCCGGCCCGAAUGCCUCCCGCGGUGCCGCCUCCCCGGGACGCGGGUUCCAGCCUCGCGGCACCGAGCCAGGCUCGAGAGUGAGGAAGAAACCCGACCCGACCAGAUCGAAACCUUUCAGCGGAGCCCCCCGAGGGAAGGCAGGAGGGAGGACGACGAGGCCACGGAGGCUUCUCACUGUUGGGCCCGGAGAAGUCUGAACUGGCGGGGGAGAUCGGAACCGGGAGCAGGUGGUGAUCAUGGAGACCGAUGUGCACGAGAGGAGAGCUCUGUCUUCCCAGGAUGCUCCCCUUUCCCAAGAGCGGAGCACAGAAGAGGGGGAAGUGGCAGCUCUGCGACUCACAGCUAGAUCCCAGGCAUCAGUGACAUUCAAGGAUGUGGCCAUGGACUUUACCCCAGAGGAGUGGGGGAAGCUGGAUCCUGCCCAAAGGGAGGUGAUGCUGGAGAACUAUAGGAACCUGGUGUCGCUUUGGCUUCCAGUUUCCAAAUCUGAGAACUACAAUUUGGAGAGCGGAAAAGAACCACUGAUGCUUGAGAGAAAAGCCCCCAAAAGCAGCUAUUCAGACCUGGAGGCUAAACCCGAGGGCAAAGAUUCAACUUCAGCGCAAGAUAUUUCCAAAGAAGAAUCAUGCCAAGCCACAGUAAUAGACAGACUGACAGGAAAUGGUGUCUAUGACUCCAGCUUGGAAACAACUCUUGAAUGUGAAAAUUGGUUAGAGAAUCAGCAAGGAAACCAGGAGAGACCCUUGAGAGAUAUGUUCACCCAUGUGAAUUCACUCCCCGAAGAAGGAGCUCAUGAGCAUGACGUAUAUUGGAAAAACUUUGGUCAGAAGUCUGUUCUUCUCACUCAAGACAGAGUUCCCAAAGGAUCCUAUGCCUUCCAUACACUUGGAAAGAGGUUGAAACCGAAAUCAAACUUAAUGAAAAAGCAAAGAACCUGUAAAGAGAAAAAACCUCAUAAAUGUAACGAUUGCGGGGAGCUCUUCACUUACCAUUCAGUGCUUAUUCGACACCAGAGAGUCCAUACUGGAGAGAAACCCUAUAGCUGUAAUGAAUGUGGGAAAUCUUUUAGCCACAGAGCUAAUUUAACUAAACAUCAGAGAACUCAUACCAGAAUUCUCUUUGAAUGCAGCGAAUGCAAGAAGGCCUUCACAGAAAGCUCAUCCCUCGCGAUACAUCAGAGAAUUCACAUUGGGGAGAGACCGUAUGAAUGCAAUGAAUGCGGAAAAGGUUUUAAUCGAAGUACACAUCUGGUACAGCAUCAGUUGAUUCAUACUGGAGUGAAGCCGUAUGAAUGUAAUGAAUGUGAUAAAGCUUUCAUCCAUUCCUCAGCUCUUAUUAAACAUCAAAGAACUCAUACUGGAGAGAAACCCUACAAAUGUCAGGAAUGUGGGAAAGCCUUUAGCCACUGCUCAUCCCUUACUAAACAUCAGAGAGUUCAUACUGGAGAAAAGCCAUAUGAAUGUAGCGAAUGUGGAAAAACCUUUAGUCAGAGCACACAUCUUGUUCAGCAUCAGAGAAUCCAUACUGGAGAGAAACCCUAUGAGUGUAAUGAAUGUGGGAAAACCUUCAGCCGGAGCUCAAAUUUUGCUAAACAUCAAAGAAUUCAUAUUGGAAAGAAACCGUACAAAUGUAAUGAAUGUGGGAAAGCCUUCAUUCAUUCAUCAGCUCUUAUUCAACACCAGAGAACUCAUACUGGAGAGAAGCCUUACAGAUGUGACGAAUGUGGGAAAAGCUUUAAGUGCAGUUCAUCCCUCAUCAGACAUCAAAGAAUUCAUACUGAAGAGCAACUCUGAAAAAUUACUGAAUGUGAAGAAAUGUAAGUUGGUUUUAUCACUGUGUUAAAUACCUAAGCAUUUAGGUGGAAUACCCAUAAAAUGCUGCUGGAGGACCAAUCGUGUAUGCAUCUGAUUUUACUUGCAUAAUACAUAGUUUUGAGCCAUAAACAGAAUGUUCCUUCUAUCUACUGAUUGAAUCAGUAUGAAAGCUUCUAGCUAGGGAUCUCAAAUUUUGAUCCCCUUCCCCCCUACCCCCACCAAAUACCCUUUUGUGGAAAUUCAAGAAAUCCUUGGGAGUGGAUAGCAAUAUAAUUGUGGUGAGAUCUGGGUCCUCCCUCUCCUUGUCACAUCAAAGCCCUGUUUAUAGCUUCUCAUUCUGUACGGAAAUUCUUGUUUGUUAACUUAGGCAGAGGACCCAUAUCUUUAUCAUCAGGAAGGCACAGAGUUGUUCCUCUUUGGAUCCAAAGUAGACCUCCAGAUAAUACAGGUAGUGUCAUUUCUCCAGAGAGGGUCAUUUCUUUUGUAUUAGCUAUAAAAUUUAAAGGUUAAAAGUUGAAAUAUGCUUUGGAUCCUCUCCUUGCCCCAAAGGCUACUGUCUCAUUUGAUGCUCAUAAAUAGAAUGUAUUUACAGCAGGUUCCAAGUCACAUUCAUUUAAGAUUAUGCUGGUCAUCAGUUUAGAUAAUUGUUACCCUCUACUGUGUAGAUCUUCUUUUUCUACUUCCUUGGAAUUACCCUGAAGUUGAGAAUGGGUCAACGUCUUAACUGUAGUUUUCAGUCAAAUGCCUCUUUUCUCAUCUUUGGCAUUGAAGGAAUCCUGGUUUGUUUGUUUGUUUGUUUGUUUGUUUGUUUGUUUUUAUACUCACGUGAAGAUUUCAUUUCUUUACAUUAUUCUGCUUUCUGUAAACUAUGUCGCAUUGAGAAAAGGCCCCUGGGAUGUUGAGGGUCUGAAGAGUUGAUGAGUUCGAUGUGUUAUUAUAUUUAGGGUCCCAGUCAAGAAGAAUAAUUGAAGCAACUGUGAGACACAAGGACACACCUUCCUGUCAGAUAUGGAAAUUAGUUCACAAGGCAGUGACUCAUUGGAGGAUAAGCAGCCUCCCUCCAUGAAGAAGAGGUUGCCAUUUCUCUGGCUCUUAAAAGUCUGUCCACACUUUUUGUUGUUAUUACUGUUCUCCCGAUAUGUGUGUUGGUCUUUGCUACAUCCCAGAGCCCCAAAGAAGGUAGAGGGGUGCCUGAGUGGCUCAGUCGGUUAAGCGUCCGACUUCGGCUCAGGUCACGAUCUCACGGUUCGUGAGUUCGAGCCCCGCGUUGGGCUCUGGGCUGAUGGCUCAGAGCCUGGAGCCCGCUUCGGAUUCUGUGUCUCCCUCUGUCUGCCCCUCUGCUGCUUGCACUCUGUCUCUCGCAUUGUCUCAAAAAUAAACAUACAUUAAAAAAAAAAAUUUUUUUUAAAGAAGGUAGAAAAGACAUGAAACCACAAUGAUAACAUAAGUUACUUGGGUGACCAAAAACCAGCAGUGGGAUUGGAAAAGCAAAAGUUGAAAUAAAUAUUUAGCCAAACGCUAUGCAAAUGUCAGUUUUUAUUGUUACUCUAUUGUAUGACAAGAAAAUCAUAGAAAAGGUAGAAGGAACGUAGUGACAGAUUUCUUUUCUCUUCUAAAUUCUAUCCUUUAUGAACAUUUCAGCAACCAGUCCGUGCUCUUGCCUUCUCCACCCUAUCCUUGUUACUGUAAUUCCUUCUCUGUAAACCUUUGUUGUAUUAUUGAAAAAAAGUAGAGGAAUAGAGUUUAAAGAAAUGAUAGUGGAAAGCAAACAAGAUGGUUAAGGAUGAAGGAGUUAAAUCCAGCAGCAGUGAAAAUCAAAACAAUAGGAUAUGGGGCCGAAAGGGCUGGAAAGAGCUUUUGGAAAGAACAAAAGAUACGUUGAAAGGGUGGAGGCUCCCUGUUUCCGAUUCUGUGUCUCCCUCUCUCUGACCCUCCCCUGUUCAUGCUCUGUCUCUCCCUGUCUCAAAAAUAAAUUAAAAAACGUUAAAAAAAAAAAAAAGGGUGGAGGCUCAUGGGAAGGCUCAAGGUCUGAGAGGUCAGAAUAGGGGGCUGGCACAGGAACAAGGGAAAGGCGCUUAAUCCUUUCACCACCUCAGUGCUCCAUAUUCAUGGUCUAAAGUAGGAACUGACAGAGUGUGGCCUGGACCCGUGGACCAAGUCCAGCCUUCUGCCUAUUUCUCCAAACACAAGGCUUAGUUGGAUCUUGACCACACUCAUUUGUUUAUGUUUGUUGGUGCUACAACGGCAGAGUCAAGGAAUUGCCGUAGAGAUUGUAUGUCCCCCACAAGCCUAAAAUGCCUAAUAUUUCUCAGCGUGCCCAACACUUGAGUGAAAAUAAGGUCCUAAUUUGGGGGCCUAAAUUUGACUAACAAAAUAAGACCCACGUGGGAUUUUCAAAGUUGGGAUUGAAUUCUGCCACCUUCACUUAGCAUUUAUGUGACCUUACUGAGUCUCAGUGUCUUUAUCUGUAAAAUGGGAAUAAGUCGUCCUUCUCUCAUAAGAUUGUGAGGAUUAGAUAAGAAUGCAUGUAAAAGACCUGGCACGCGAUAAAUUAUGUGGAAAACCUCUAUAUGUAUAUGUAUGUUUGUAAAUAUAUAUAUAUAUAUACACGUAUGUAUAUAUAUGUGCGUAUAUAUACGCAUAUGUAUAUAUGUGUAUAUAUAUAUAUUUACUUUUUAUUUUUUUUAAUGAAAUGUCAGUCCAUUUGGGCUGCUAACCAAAUAACUCGCCGUAGACUGAGUGGCUUAUAAACAACAUUCUCACAGUCCUGGAGACUGGGAAGUCCAAGAUCAAGGCCUCAGCACGUUCAAUGUCCAGCGAGGGCCUCCUUCCUGGUUCUGGGACAACCAUCUUUUUGCUGUGUUUUCUGGUAAAAGGGCAAGAGGGCUCUCUGGGGCCUGUUUUCUAAGGGCACUAACCCUAUUCAGAAGAAUUCUGCCCUCAUGACCUUCCAAAGACCCCACCUCCUAAUACUAUCACUCUGGGGAUUAGGUUUCAAGAUAAAUUUGGGGAGAUAAAAACUCAGUCUAUAUAAUAAGUGGCUAAGCAUCAAUCAAGCAGAAAUUACUUAAGAAUGAAUGUAUCUGACACCUCUUGUUUACCGGUCAAGAACUGUGACCAUCCUACUGUCUAGCUCAUCAUAGAGAAGCUAGAUUCUUCCUUCCAUCUGGUGCUGCUCCCUACAGAGCCUCCUUGAGACCUUGGGGAAUCUGCUUUUUUCCCUUCUGCAUACCACUCUACUGGGAACUAUCUGACAGUUCCAAAGACUCAAGUUUGUAAUCUAUUUACAGUUUCAACAGCAUUGAGAGAUGUGCUCUAAGUUCGUUUUGCUGAGAACUCUGAUCCUUUACAUUUCAGUAUUUGUUCUGUUUAUGCUCGAUGUUCGACCUGUGUUGUUUGUACUCCAGUGUGAUUGUUGGAAGUUUUAAUGUUCCAUUUUUCAAGUGUUUUUGGUUACGUAUAAAACCAAAUUGACUGCUCUUACCAGUCCACUGUCAAUAAAGAUGUUGUUUAUAUAUA